CCCUUUGCCUGCAAAUAGGAACACAGGGUUUCUCAGUGGCUGAGAGGAUGCUGAUGAAAACCCCAGGAUACUGAGUCAUCGUGGUGGCCAGCUGACAGCGAGCACUAAUCCUUGAACACUCGUGCAGGGGUAGGACGACCGUAGAAACUUCUCUCAUAUCCACGGCCCAAGCAGCCCAUGGCAUUUCAUAACCUGAGCUCUCCCUCUCCCCUUCCUUCUCUCUCUGCCUCCUCACUCCCUCCCUUCCUCCCUCCCUCUCCCUCCUCCUCCUCUCCCUCUGCCUUCACCACUGCCUUGGGGUCACCUGGAGAGGCCUCGGCUCCCGGCCACCCGGCUUCCUCCAUGGUGUCUGCCCUCCUGGCGCCAGUCCUGAGCGUGGAAUUUGUCCUGGGCCUGGUGGGGAACAGCCUGGCCUUCUUCAUCUGCUGCUUCCACGCGUGGCCCUGGACGUCCAACACUGUGUUCCUGCUCAGCCUGGUGGUGGCCGACUUUCUCCUGAUCAUCAGCCGGCCUCUUCGCGUGGACUACUACUUCCUCCACGAGCCCUGGGGCUUCGGGGCCACUGCCUGCAAAGUCAGCCCCUUCGCGAUCGCCACCAGCCGCUCAGCCAGCAUGGUCUCCCUCGGCCUGAAGGUGGUGCGGCCUCACCACGUGCUGAGCAGGGCCUCCGUGUGGGCAGCCGCCCGGGCGGCCGGGGGACUCUGGGGGGGCAUCCUACUCCUCGACGGGCACCUGCUCCCGACCACCAAUUCCAGCCACUCCUGCCUCCGUUACCAGCUGGGCACGAGCCCCUCGGCCUCACUCUGCCGGCACCAGGCCCUGUUCGUGUUGGAAUCCUUCCUGCCACCGGUGCUCAUCCUCUUUGCCAUUGUGAAGGUCAUGCUCACCAUCCGCCGCCGAGGCCUGGACAUGCAGGCGGGCCCGCGGAGGGCCGUGUGCACGCUGGCCGCGGUCGUGGCCAUCUACGCCAUCUGCUUUUUGCCCAGUAUCAUCUUCGGCAAAGCUUCCAUCGUGGCCUUCCGCCUGCAUGCCUGCUGCACCCUGGACAUCUGCUCGCAGCUCUUCCAUGGCUCCGUGGCCUUCACCUACCUCAACAGUGCCCUGGACCCCAGGCUCAACCCCAACUUCCUCUGCCAGGGCCGGGCCCUGCUGGGCCUCACCCAGGGCUGGCAGGCCUCCGCCAGCGACGAGAGCACCUACCAGCCCUCUGUCUGGCGCCGGGUGCCCUCUGGGAAGGUGGUGGCCGCAGGGAAGCUGUAGGCAGAGGCGUCGCAAGAGGUCUCGGAGGAGGGCUGACCAGGAAGGCCCUCCCGGGAUGGGGGCCCUGCUGCGGUACCACAGGAGGGAGAACUGCCAGGCUCUGGGCUGGAGGGACAGGGUCACUCCCUGGACUGUUGCCAGCACAGGGUCCCUCAACCAACUGGACAAGGGACAUCUGCAGGAGCCAGGUGGGUGGCAGGGAGAGAAAAGGGUCUUGGCUUGGAGUCGUGUGUCCCAGAUGAUGUCCCCAAAGCACAGAGCAUGAUGGCAGGUGGAGACAGGCAGGGGCUCCGGGACUCCAGCUCAGGCAGAGGGCCACACAGCUGCCCUGGCCCGGGCCAGAGCUGAAGGACUGUGAGAGCAGAAGUCUUGCUUUAGAAAUUAGACAGCCGCAUUUUCUGUGAUCUCCAGUUUGUCUUUUUCAAUACUAAUAAACUUCCUUUUGAAAAUGCAA